AAAUUGUGCAGUUCGAUUGAGUGAAGAUAAGCUUUUCACUUGAUAAAACAACAAUAUUUUUUUCUCACCAGUCUGGGGCCACCGGAAACCACACCCACACACACACCCACACACCCACACACCCACACCACUCUCUCAUCAAAGCUGGCAUCUCCAGUUCCCGUGAUUCAUCCCCACGCGUUCUCCUUUAUUAUCUUGUCUUCCCCCAAACCACCCAAAACCUCUCUCUCUCUCUCUCAUGUAAUCACAUAAUGUCUCCUCCUCAUCUCCUCUCUCCCACAAUCAGAUCUCGACUCUCCUCUCUCUCAAGAAAUUUCUAGAACCCUAGUUCUCUCCUCCAAUGCACGGCUACAGCCGGCUCGGUAAUCCCCGAGCCGCUGGCUCUCCGCCGUCCUCCCCACGCUGCCGCCACGGCCGGAACAAGAACGCCGGCGGCAGAGGCCCCAAGCAGAGCAUUGUGGAGAAAGUUUUGGUUUUGCUCAUUUCGGUCGUUUUUAAGCGCCGAGGCGUGCUUUUGUUCGCUCCAUUGUUGUACAUUUCGGGGAUGUUGUUGUAUAUGGGGUCGGUGAGCUUCGAUGUAGUUAGUUUGAAAAACGCUGUUGUUGUUGUUAGUAAGCGGUCGCCGCCGGGCUCCUUGUAUAGGAGCCCUCAGGUUUUUCAGAAGCUUUGGCCUUAUAUGCAGGCUGAGAGCAAUCACACUCACAAUUUUUUGAUGACAGUGUGGAAUUCAAAAGUGCAUCAAGUUUGGAAGCCUUGUAUUAGCAAAGAUACACCAAAAGAAGGAACAGCAUUACCAAAGUCAAAUGGUUUAUUUAUAAUUGAAGCGAAUGGUGGAUUGAACCAGCAGCGCUUAUCGAUAUGUGAUGCAGUUGCUUUGGCUGGACUUUUGAAUGCAACUCUUCUGAUCCCAAUUUUUCAUCUAAAUAGUGUUUGGAGAGACUCAAGCCACUUUGGGAACAUAUUUGAUGAAGAUUUCUUCAUUCAUGCUCUCAGAAAUCACGUGAAUGUGGUCAGGGAGCUCCCAGUUGAUAUACUUGAGCGGUUUGACAAUAAUAUAAGCAACAUUGUGAAUUUGAGAGUGAAAGGUUGGUCAAGUCCAGCUUACUAUCUUCAAAAGGUCCUCCCAAAGUUGGAGAAAAUGGGGGCUGUGCGCAUUGCACCUUUUUCCAACAGAUUGGCUCAUGCAGUUCCUUCAAAUGUGCAAAGUCUUAGAUGCUUAGCCAAUUUCGAAGCACUGAGGUUCUCAAAUUCUAUAAGAAUUCUUGCAGAUAAAAUGGUCGAUCGAAUGAUUAAAAGCAGCUCCCACAGGGGGGGAAAAUAUGUUUCAGUACAUCUUCGAUUUGAAGAGGACAUGGUUGCGUUUUCUUGCUGUGAAUAUGAUGGUGGGGAGGAAGAGAAACAUGAAAUGGAUAUUGCUCGAGAAAGAGGUUGGAGAGGAAAAUUCAGGAGAAGGGGUAGAGUAAUAAGGCCAGGUGCAAAUCGUGUGGAUGGGAAAUGCCCUUUAACCCCGUUAGAGGUAGGAAUGAUGCUCAGGGGAAUGGGAUUUGAUAAUACCACCUCAGUAUACAUAGCAGCAGGAAAAAUUUAUAAAGCAGAGAAGUACAUGGCUCCUCUUAAACAGAUGUUUCCACGCUUGGAAAUGAAAGACACACUGGCUACUGCAGAAGAACUUGCUCCUUUUAAGGGCCACUUAUCUAGAUUGGCUGCUCUUGAUUACACGGUUUGCCUUCACAGUGAAGUAUUUGUCACCACUCAGGGUGGAAAUUUUCCCCACUUCUUGAUGGGUCACAGGCGGUAUCUCUUUGGUGGACAUUCAAAGACAAUCAACCCUGAUAAAAGAAAAUUAGCGCUGUUGUUUGAUAAUCCCAGUAUCAGAUGGGAAGAUUUCAAACGACAGGUGCAAGACAUGCUUCGCCGUAGUGACCAAAAGGGUGUUGAACUGAAAAAACCCAGUGCGUCACUAUAUACAUUUCCCAUGCCAGAUUGUAUGUGUAAAGAAGCAGAAGCUAGAAACGACAACAGUAACACGACAAACAAGACUGAUUUCAAUACAUAAAAUUAUUCACUAGGGUUACAAUUUUUUUGUUCACCUGUAAUUUAGUGUAUCAUUCAAUUGUCAUUUUAGAAAAGUAGUGUAUCAUUCAAAUAAGUUGUGAAAUUUUCUUUCAUUUGAGUAGAGGGAAG